AUGCUUGAGGAAGACGAUGCCAUAGUCAACACCGGGAAAGUUUGGACAGAAUGGACUAUGGUCAAAGAAUCAGCCAUAGAAAUAGAAGGGCAAGUUUUGAAUAUAAGUGUGGCAUAUUCAGGAAGACUUGCUUGCGCGUAUAAAUAUGGAAAAAGUUUCACGAGACCUAACAAGAAUAAUCAGAUUCUAGGUUUAUCAACUUGUGCGUCGCCAUAUAUGAAUGUGAAUCAACUGGUGGAUCUGAAUGGGUUCUAG